AGGGUUGUAGGGCAUGGCAGAAGCAUAUAGGGCAUGAGGCCAUGGCUAUAGCAAGCAGGACAGGGUUAUAAGGUAUGGCUCAGGGCUAUAAGGUGUGGAAUGAGGUUAUAGGGUGUGGGCCAGGACUAUAGGGACCAGGACAGGGCUGUAGGGUGUGUGGCAGGGCUAUAGGGUAUGGAAUGGGGCUGUAGGGUGUGUGGCAGGGCUACAGGGACCAGGACAGGGCUGUAGGGUGUGUGGCAGGGCUAUAGGCACCAGGACAGGGCUGUAGGGUGUGUGGCAGGGCUGUAGGCACCAGGACAGGGCUGUAGGGUGUGUGGCAGGACUAUAGGGACCAGGACAGGGCUGUAGGGUGUGUGGCAGGGCUAUAGGCACCAGGACAGGGCUGUAGGGUGUGUGGCAGGGCUGUAGGCACCAGGACAGGGCUGUAGGGUGUGUGGCAGGACUAUAGGGACCAGGACAGGGCUGUAGGGUGUGUGGCAGGGCUAUAGGCACCAGGACAGGGCUGUAGGGUGUGUGGCAGGGCUAUAGGCACCAGGACAGGGCUGUAGGGUGUGUGGCAGGACUAUAGGGACCAGGACAGGGCUGUAGGGUGUGUGGCAGGGCUAUAGGCACCAGGACAGGGCUGUAGGGUGUGUGGCAGGGCUAUAGGCACCAGGACAGGGCUGUAGGAUGUGUGGCAGGGCUAUAGGCACCAGGACAGGGCUGCAGGAUGUGUGGCAGGGCUAUAGGCACCAGGACAGGGCUGCAGGAUGUGUGGCAGGGCUAUAGGCACCAGGACAGGGCUGUAGGGUGUGUGGCAGGGCUAUAGGCACCAGGACAGGGCUGUAGGGUGUGUGGCAGGACUAUAGGGACCAGGACAGGGCUGUAGGGUGUGUGGCAGGGCUAUAGGCACCAGGACAGGGCUGUAGGGUGUGUGGCAGGGCUAUAGGCACCAGGACAGGGCUGUAGGGUGUGUGGCAGGGCUAUAGGCACCAGGACAGGGCUGCAGGAUGUGUGGCAGGGCUAUAGGCACCAGGACAGGGCUGUAGGGUGUGUGGCAGGGCCACCGGGCAGAGCCGUGGGCACAGGGUCUGGGGCGGCUGUGCUCGGUGCCCGUGGGGUGCUGGCAGCAUGGGGCCGGCCUCCACCCGCGAGUUUCUGGCCCCUGGGGCCACCGUGGUGGCCCAGGCGUGGGUCCCCGUGCCACUGCAGGUGGUGGCGGCGGCUGUGACCGUCCCGUGUGCCCCAGAGGACGAGGAGCUGUGCAGUGGGAACAAACCCCACGCCAGCAGCCGGCGUGCAGGAGCGUGUGUGUACUCAGCCCCAGGUCUCGAGCCCGGUGGCCGGUGUCAACCCUUGGUGGGGCAAGGAGCUGGGCGGCAGCUGGGCCGGAGCAUCCGCUGGCGUUUGGGGCUCCGUCGGGGCUGGCUGCUGCCCGCAGGCUGCGGCUGUGGGGUCAGGGCUGCGAGGGGCCGUGGCUGCAGGCCUAGAGGGGUGCGGGGUGUGUGGGUGCAGAGCCGGAGCUCUGGGCGGCUGCGGGUGCGGGUCGGGGCCCGGGCCGGCCGGAGCCACUGAGCCCUGGAGGACCCGGAGCGCAGAGCGGCCCUGGGCCCGCCGCGGCCCGCGCCCGUUCCGGUGACGGCGGCGCGGAAGGGGCGGGACCGAGGGCGGGGCCAACCGGGGCCGCUCCCGCAGCCGCUGCCGGCCCGGCCCCGCUCCGCUCCUACCGCUGCUCCCGGCCCUGCACCCGCACCUGCCCCGCUCCGUCUCCCGCCGCCAUGCGCAAGUUCUUCCAGGAGAUCAAGGCCGACCUGAAGUUCAAGACGGCGGGACCCGGACAGAAGCUGUCGGAGCCGUCCCGGGUCCCCAAGGAGAAGCCGAGAGCUGAAGCGGCGCCGAAGCCCCGCCAGGGCCCGACGGACGAGGCGCAGAUGGCGGCGGCCGCGGCGCUGUCCCGGAUGGAGCUGAAGGCCAAGGCCAAGGCGCCCUCCUCGCAGGAGGCCAUCAAGAACCAGGUAAGAAAAGAGCUGAUGGCUGAGGCUGCUGCAAGCGAGAAGAGGCUCUCCCCAGAGGAAAAGGACCUCACCCUCCCAGAGGACAGGACUGCAGCCUCCUCUGUGUCAGGGGUCUAUUUCAUUUGCCCACUGACAGGGGAGGUUGUGAGGAAAGACAAGAAGGAGCAGCACCUCCGAGAAGCCAUCCAGGCAUACUUCUCCGUAGACCCGGUGGCCGCCUCCAUCAUGGAGAUCCACACGCUCAACAAGGAGCGGGACAGAGUGCGCCUGGGCGUGGAGACCAUGGCCAGGUACCUGGACAACAUUUAUCUCCAUCCAGAGGAGGAGAAGUACCAGAAAAUCAAGCUGCAGAACAGGGUGUUUCAGGAAAGGAUAAGCUGCCUGGAAGGGAUACACAAGUUUUUCCAGGCUAUUGGGUUUGAGACAAAAACACUGCCUGUCCCAGGACAAGAGAGCACACAGGAAGAGUACUACGUCCUGAAGGAAGAAAUGCUGACCAGGUUGGAAGAUCUCAAGGACUACAAAGAGCAGCUUUUAAGCUCAGAGCCCCUGAGAGCCCAGCUGGAUCGCCAGCUCUGCCUCUUCAAACCCUCCCCCGCGGCCGCUCGCUUCGAGCUGCCCAACGACUUCUACAACCUCACAGCAGAGGAGAUCAAACGGGAGCAAAGGCUCCGGACAGAAGCAGUGGAGAAGGCUUCGAUGCUGAGGACAAGAGCCAUGCGAGAGAAGGAGGAACAGAGGGAGAUGCGCAAGUACAGCUACACGCUGCUGCGGGUGCGCUUCCCCGACGGCUACAUCCUCCAAGGGACGUUUUAUGCACGAGAAUCGCUGUCUGUGCUCUACAGCUUUGUGAGAGAAGCACUCAGAGAUGACUGGCUGCCCUUUGAGCUGUUGGGACCUGGAGGUCUCAAACUGACAGAUGACAACUUGGCUUUCAAUGAAUGUGGGCUGGUGCCCUCAGCCCUCCUGACCCUCACCUGGGAUGCAGCAGUCAUGGCAGACAUUGAGGCAGCAGGAGAGGAACAGCCAGCAAGCCUCCUGAAACCAGAACUGCUCUCUAGAGUCCAGACACUGGAGUGAAAUAAAGAAGAAAGGUUUCAGUGCUGGUGGUUUUAGACUCUUCCCUCAUUUUUCCAUAUAGACGGGUGGAGCUUCCAGCCAUGUGACCUCAGAAUCGAGCUGGGUUUAGCUCUGCAGAGUCUGGAUUCUGCCCCGUCACUCCUCUACAGCUCCAGCAGCCACCCACUAAGGCAGUCUUGCCCAGUAAGACAUUCCCAGUUAAAACCCACAUCCCAGCAGUAGCUGCUGGAGGUGUUUCCCAGACUGUGCUGGCCCCUUGCAGGAGGGAGGAGGUAGGGAUGAGGCACUUAGGCUGGAUUACUGACUGACUGAGCCUGGGGAUCAGGCUGGGCUUAGAACUCAGCUUUUCCUUUUGCUUCUGUGUGCACUGUAACUCCUAUUGGAGAGGAUAUAUUUAGAUAAAAUUACACUUAAUCUUGAUUAAAAAGGAAUAUUUAAAGUC